AUGGAUAAUUUAAGCUUACCGUGUUCCAUAAACGUUUGUCAAAAUAAUGGCAAAUGCUACCUUUUAGUCAAUCGCUCAACAACAACACACUACUGUUUAUGUAAUAGAUGUUUUACAGGUAAUCAAUGUGAAAUUGAACGAUAUUCGAAAAAUCUUUGGAUCUAUGGUAUAUCAGAAGAAAAUAAAAAAGAUUAUAAUCCAUACAAUGAAACAAUUGUACUCGGUAUACUGGAAAUAUUUUCUGAAAUGAAUGGAAAUCUUUUACAUGAAUUAUAUAGAAUGUGUUUAUCAAAUAGAGAAUCAAUGUUUCAUACAUUGAAAAAAGAAAUUUCAAUAUUAAAUUCAAUUAAUGAACCAUUAACACUUGCUAUUUAUCUUCGUUUUCUUAAUGAAGUUCAAAAAUAUAUUCCAUCAUUUGUUAUUGGUGAAAAAUAA